UUUGGGCACACUUGAAUCAAAGCCGAGCAACAAGUUCGUAUUUUUUAUUCAAUUUUUCAAUCCGGCCCGCAAAACAACAGAUUUUUAAGCUCGGCUGUAAUUUCAGUCGAUUUAAUUAUUAUUUUAGUGAAAAAAGAACAAGAACCUAUUUUCAAUAGUGUACGCAUCAGUUAACGUGUUUUAAAUAUUUUUGUUUUUGUGGUUCAGUUUUUUGUUUUUGUUGUUGUUGGUGCUGCGUGUGUAGAAUUUGUGAAAAGAGAAAGUUCUUCGCCGCGUCUUUCUUCGCCUCUUUCGCCCAUUCUUUCAUACAGUCGUGGCCAAGAAGUUGCGCAUGCGCAGCGACAAUUUCACAAGAAAUUGAGGUCAAUUGAGUGUGGUAAUCCCGUUGAAGGACCAUGGGCACCAAGCAGACGAUGUUACCCGCCUCCGGAAAGGCUAAGAUCAACGAUCCACCCAGCGGAUCAUCUUCGAAGGUGAAGGCCAAUGGCAUCCCGGUUCAAGGAAAGGGUAAAAGUAAGGAGGUGAACGCCCUGCCGCCUCAGAAAUCAGUGGUGGUGGCCUAUCUUUGUUGGCUUUUUGGAGGCAUCUUUGGAUUGCAUCAUCUGUAUCUGCAUCGUGAUCGCCACGCCUUCAUUUGGUGGUGCACCUUGGGCGGUUACUUGGGCAUCGGAUGGAUGGGCGAGCUGUUUCUGAUUCCUGAAUAUGUUCGGGAUGCCAAUGAGGAUCCGGUUUUCGUCAAGACCUUCGUGGCCAAGCUGCAGGCGUAUCAGAAGCCACCAUAUUCAUCCAAAAGAUUCGUCGGUCAAGUGAUGAUUGGACAUCUAUUCGGACAGGUGUGUGCCAUGGCCAUUCCGGAGACGCUGGUCGGUGGCAUCGAUCUGAGCUUCCUGCACUGGGCGAUACCGUUCUUUGUGUCCCUGGGCGUUUGGCUGGUGGGCAACAUUGGACGGGAGCAGGGCGUGUGGUGGCAGUGCCUUUUGGCCGCAUAUCUAGCUUAUCCGGCUAGGUACCUCAUAUAUGAUGAGACCUAUUCCCUGCUAUUCACUGGCCUCGUAUCAGCAUUGACCUUUGAUGGCCUGUCCAAGCAGUGGCGAAGGACUCCACCGCGACGAGGAAGUCCCGGCGAAAGAACCUUCAAGCUGACCACCGCUGUGAUCAUCUAUUGCGCCUUUUGGGGCAGCUUUCUGUACUUUAAUGGCACCAUUUCGGACGAGGACGGCGGAGAGGUGCCCAUCCAUGAGGCCAUCCAUAAUUUCUUGGCCUCUGCCUGGUGGACGGAUCUUAAACAGGCCUUACAAGACACCUAUAACUAUGCUCAACACCACGGGUGGUAUGAGACGUGGAAGGAGGUGUUCGAGAGUAUGGACGUGGAUGGCGAACGAAAUUCGUACAAGGUAUUGGGCGUAAGUGCCACAGCCUCGCAGGCGGAGAUUACAGCUGCGUACAGAAAGCUUUCCAAGGAGUACCAUCCUGACAAGGUCAAAGAUGAUGGCUUGAGGGCCCAGGCUCACCAGCGUUUCAUUGAGAUCCAACAGGCGUACAGCGUGCUUAGCAAGAUCAAGUCGAACAGGCGGCGUAAGAACAAGCAGUACCAGGAGGACGAGGCCAUUGUCCUUUAAGGACGAGCAGUCUUCCAUCUAGUCUAAGAUAACUGGCAUUUCAAAGUUCAGUACUCGUAGCCUAAAAUUACAAAUCGAAUAAUAAUUUAUAACUAAAUUUAAUGUCAUUUCUGAAUAUUGUGUUGAGUUUUUUUUUAGUAAAAGAAUGUAUUUAAAUUAAUAAUAUAAAUAA